CUCUCGCAUUUCUGUUUUUUUUUUAGAUUAACACGAUUAACCACAGACUGGCUGUAAAAUCCACCCAAUUGGACGCAAAACUGACUUAAAACCAUGACGCUGUUUGCCCUCAUCGCGCUGCUCAGCCUGCUGAACACAAUCCUGCCAGACUUUAUAAGGAACUACCUCAAGGUGUCCCGGCUGUGGGGCGCCAGGAAUUCCGGGGAGAUCCGGCAGCUGCAGACGGAGCUGGAGGCCGCCCGGGAGCAGGUGGAGGUGGUGCGCAAUGCGGAGCACUCGGGGGAGUAUGCCAGGACCAUCAAGAUCAUGCGCGCCGAGCGCAAAGUGGCGGAGGCGGAGGCCAAACUCAAAUCCGCCCGUGGAGUGGAGAACCUGAUGCGGAUGGGCAUCGACACGGCCGUGUUCUACGGCUCCAAGGUGCUGCUCUCGCUGAUCACGGUCAUUGUGAGCAUCCGGAAUCGCGGCACGCCCGUCAUGAUCCUCGACGAGGCCAUCAGCUUGGCCCCCUUCACCGGGCUCCUCAGCUUUCCCACCGGCGUGGCCAAUGCCAUUUCCGUGCCCGCCUGGGCCUUCUCCUGCAACCUGACCUUCCGCCUCAUCUACGGCCUGCUGAAGAACCGGCGGGCGUGAUGGAAUCCGCAGUCUGGUUGAAAUCCCUCCAUUUAGUUUUAGCUGUUAGAAGGCGCUCGAAACUAUGUGCUUUGUUAUGGUUUGCUAAGCUUCAUCACGCAUUAAAGUCUGUAUGUAAAGGCCCAAUUUUUUUGUAAACUAUGUAAACACAUCAAAAUAAAUGUAUUUUCACACA